ACAUAGACUCUUCCAGUUAAUCAUCUACAUUGUAACAGUCAAGCUCUGGAAAACAAGAUGUUUAACAGUCAUUAAUCAGAAUCUCAUAGAUAGUAAAACAGUGAUUAAACAAACAUUGACUGAACUACGCAGAAGAAGAACCCUGGACAAACAGCACUCCUUUCCAUGGAACAUAAUAGACUUGUAAGUCAGUCUUCACAUUGAAAGAAAAAAAAAAAGGAAAAAAGACAGAAAGAAAAAAAAAAAACAUGUAUGCAUGUUUUAAGAAUGUGUGCCUUGUUAACAUGUAUAUGUAUGUAUGUUUUUUUUUUUUUUUUUUUUUUUUUUUUUAUAUAGAUAAAGAGCAGUUUUAUAGGUGAACGUAUUUGUGGGUGGCUAAUCAACUGUGUUGAGUAUGGGGACGUAUGUCUGUGCCUGUAUUCUUUUGGAAAUUUCAAUAAAGAAUUUAAAAAAAAAAAAAAGCAAAACCGGCGGAAAAGCCAGAGCUAAGGCUAAGAGCCGCUCCUCUCGUGCUGGACUCCAGUUCCCCGUGGGCCGUGUCCACAGACUGCUCCGUAAAGGGAACUAUGCCCAGCGGGUGGGUGCCGGAGCCCCUGUGUACUUGGCGGCUGUGCUGGAGUAUCUGACCGCUGAGAUCCUGGAGUUGGCAGGAAACGCCGCCCGUGACAACAAGAAGACCCGUAUCAUCCCCCGUCACCUGCAGCUGGCUGUCCGCAACGACGAGGAGCUCAACAAACUGCUGGGAGGAGUGACCAUCGCCCAGGGAGGAGUUCUGCCCAACAUCCAGGCGGUUCUGCUGCCCAAGAAGACCGAGAAGGCCGGCAAGGCCAAGUAAAGCUGGAGAACCACAACUAGACCCAAAAGGCUCUUUUCAGAGCCACACAAUUCAGUUUA